AUGAAGAACCAGAACAAGGAAGAGAAGGACGAAAAAGACUUGGAGGAGAAGAAGUUGAAGCUAUGCACAAGGAAUCACGACUAUCAUUGCGAUAUCUGCCUUGGAUGGGAGGGAACGCUGGUCUGCUGCGAUGGUAGCUGCAGACGCAGCUUUCACCUGGCAUGCCUUGGGAUGGACGAGGAGGAGAAUGACGAAGAGGAGGAAUGGCUGUGCAAUCUCUGCAAAGUGGGCGCAAAGAGGUGUAUGAUCUGCAGCGACUCUCAGGACAGUGAGAACAUGAUUCACUGCAAAGUCGAGUCUUGCAAGAAGUACUUCCACAGGGACUGUCUGAAGACGUGGAACUGUGAAGUUGACGCAGCAGGGAGGUUCACGUGCCCCCGCCACACCUGCAAAGCUUGCAACCAGCACAGCUACACGGGCAAGCAAGGAGUUAUGUUCAAGUGCAUAGACUGCCCGGCAGCGUUUCAUUUCAAGUGCCUGCCUUCACAGGUGAACAUGUCAAGGUGUGAUCUGUAG